AUGCGACUACUAAAAACACACCCUAUUCUUGGACUUCUGAAUAGUUAUGCAGUAGAUUCACCACAACCUGCCAAUAUUUCUUACAUGUGGAAUUUUGGUUCACUACUUGGUGCUUGUCUAAUUAUUCAAAUCCUAACUGGAGUAUUUCUUGCUAUGCACUAUACACCUUCUGUAGAUCUUGCUUUUGUUAGUGUUGAACACAUUAUGCGAGAUGUUAACUAUGGUUGGCUUAUUCGGUACCUACAUGCAAAUACUGCAUCAUUCUUCUUUAUUUUUGUAUAUCUUCACAUUGGACGAGGUCUAUAUUAUGGAUCAUACAAAUCACCUCGAGUACUACUUUGGUCUAUUGGGGUUAUUAUCCUUGUGCUAAUGAUGGCUAUUGCCUUCCUAGGAUACGUACUACCUUAUGGACAAAUGUCACUCUGGGGAGCAACAGUAAUUACUAACCUUCUAAGUGCAAUUCCUUGGAUCGGUCAAGAUUUUGUAGAAUUUGUUUGGGGAGGAUUCUCUGUAAGCAAUGCUACACUAAACCGAUUCUUUUCACUUCAUUAUCUACUUCCUUUUGUACUAGCAGCUCUUGCUGCUAUGCACCUCCUUGCACUACAUGAACAUGGAAGUAGCAACCCUCUAGGAGUAUCUGGAAACACAGAUCGACUACCAUUCCACCCUUAUUUCGUAUUCAAAGAUCUUGUUACAGUAUUUGCUUUCCUACUGGCACUAGGUGCUUUCGUAUUCUUUAUGCCUAAUGCACUAGGACAUUCAGAUAAUUAUAUUCCUGCAAAUCCUAUGCAAACACCUCCUUCAAUUGUACCUGAAUGGUAUCUACUACCUUUCUAUGCAAUUCUACGGUCAAUUCCAAAUAAACUACUAGGAGUACUCGCAAUGUUUGGGUCACUUCUAAUUCUUCUUGUAAUGCCUAUCCUAGAUACAUCGCGAAUCCGAGGUAACCAAUUCCGACCAUUCAUGCGAUUUGCGUUCUGGCUAUUUGUAG